GGCGCGAGUGGGCAGCAGCAGCAGCAGCAGCAGCAACUCCCGCGCCGCCGCUUGCCAAGCCGGGGAGGUGGCGGCGGCGGCGGCGGCGGCGAGGAGCCCGCCCGGGGGUGGCGCGGGGGCCGGUCCGCGGCGCGCGGAGGGGGGGGAAUCCCCGCCCCGCCCCCGCUUGGCGGCAGCAGCAGCAGCAGCCGCCACCGCCGCCCUCUCCCCUUCUUGCCGCCGCCGCCGCGGCCCCUGGGCUGGCCUGCCGCUCGGGCGCGGGGGCCGGGGGGAGGAGAAGGAGCGGAGGCCGCCCCCCAGUGCCGCUGCGGCCAGCAGCCAGCCGCCUCUCGGCCCGCCGGGAAGCCGAGCAGCGAGAUGUCGUGAGUGGCAGGCCACGAGCCAAUUCCGUCGCAACAGCACCUCCUGCCUACAGUCCCAGGUGAAAGCAUCCCCAGAUGGCCCAGGGCGGCCAGCCUGCGUGAGCCAAGAGCCCCCUGACGGCGCCACUGGGCCCCAGAUGCCGCUGGAAAUGAAUCUCUGCUGGAACGAGAUCAAGAAGAAGUCGCACAGCCUUCGGGCCCGUCUGGAAGCCUUCUCAGACCACAGUGGCAAGCUGCAGAUUCCCUUGCAGGAGAUCAUCGACUGGCUCAGUCAGAAGGAUGAAGAGCUCUCAGCACAGCUGCCGCUCCGCGGGGAUGUCCAGCUGGUGCAGCAGGAAAAGGAGAGGCAUGCGGCAUUCAUGGAGGAAGUGAAAUCUCGGGGCCCAUACAUUUACUCUGUCCUGGAGUCAGCUCAAGCCUUCCUCACACAGCACCCGUUUGAAGAAGUGGAGGAUUCGAACCCCGACAGCAAAGAUGUCUCCCCAAGACACCGGAUCCAGAACAUCAGCCGUUUUGUGUGGAAACAGGCCACGGUGGCCAGCGAACUCUGGGAGAAGCUCACUGCCCGCUGUGUCGAUCAGCACCGCCACAUUGAGCGGACCCUGGAGCAGCUGCUGGAGAUCAAGGGAGCCAUGGAGGAGCUCAGCACCACCCUCAGCCAAGCGGAAAGUGUGCGGGAGACAUGGGACCCCAUUGGAGACCUCUUCAUCGACUCCCUGCCAGAGCACAUCCAGGUCACCAAGUUGUUUAAAGAGGAGCUCUCCCCCAUGAAAGACGGAGUCAAGCUCCUGAAUGACCUCGCUCACCAGCUUGCUAUCUCAGAUGUGCACCUCUCCAUGGAGAAUUCCCGGGCCCUGGAGCAAAUCAACACACGCUGGAAGCAGCUGCAGGUCUCUGUUAAUGACCGGCUGAAGCAUCUCCAGGACGCCCACCGGGACUUUGGUCCAGGGUCGCAGCACUUCCUCUCCACCUCGGUGCAGGUCCCCUGGGAACGAGCCAUCUCUCCCAAUAAAGUCCCGUAUUACAUCAACCACCAGGCACAAACAACAUGCUGGGACCAUCCCAAGAUGACAGAGUUAUACCAAACAUUGGCUGACCUGAACGACAUCAAAUUUUCGGCUUAUCGUACAGCCAUGAAGUUACGGCGGCUGCAGAAAGCUCUGCGAUUGGACCUGGUGAGCCUGCCAACGGCCCUGGAAGUCUUCAACGAGCAGGAGCUGCAGUCCGGCGACCACGUGAUGGAUGUGGUGGAGGUGAUCCAUUGCCUGACCGUCCUCUACGAGCAGCUGGAGGAGGAGAGAGGCAUCCUCGUCAACGUCCCGCUCUGCGUCGACAUGACCCUGAAUUGGCUGCUCAAUGUGUUUGACAGCGGACGCAGUGGGAAGAUGCGGGUGCUUUCCUUCAAAACGGGCAUCGCCUGUCUCUGUGGCACGGAGGUGAAGGAAAAAUUCCAGUACCUCUUCAGCCAGGUGGCGAAUGCCGGUGGACUGUGUGACCAGCGGCAUCUGGGAAUCCUGCUCCACGAGGCCAUCCAGGUGCCGCGGCAGCUGGGAGAGGUGGCCGCCUUCGGCGGGAGCAACGUGGAGCCCAGCGUCCGCAGCUGCUUCCGCUUUGGCAACGGGAAGCCGGCCGUUGAGGCUGCCCAGUUCUUGGAGUGGGCCAACCUGGAGCCCCAGUCGAUGGUGUGGCUGGCAGUUCUGCACCGGGUGACCCUGGCCGAGCAGGUGAAGCACCAGACCAAGUGCUCCGUCUGCCGGCAGUGCCCCAUCAAAGGCUUCAGAUACCGAAGCCUGAAGCAGUUCAAUGUCGACAUCUGCCAGACCUGUUUUUUGACGGGAAGAGCCAGCAAAGGCAACAAAUUGCAUUACCCCAUUAUGGAGUACUACACCCCGACCACCUCGAGUGAGAACAUGCGGGACUUUGCCACCACCCUGAAGAACAAAUUCCGGACCAAGCAGUAUUUCAGCAAGCACCCCCAGAGGGGCUACCUGCCCGUCCAGUCUGUGCUGGAGGCAGACUUCAUUGAGACGCCAGCCUCCUCUCCCAUCUUGCCUCACGCUGACACCCACUCGCGGAUCGAGCACUUCGCCAGCAGACUUGCAGAAAUGGAAAGCCAAAAUUCCUCCUUCUACAACGACAGCCUCUCUCCGGACGACAGCCUCAGGGAUGAGGACCAGUACCUUUUGCGCCACUCCAGCCCCAUCACGGACCGAGAACCUGUCUGCAGCCAACAGGUCCAAGACAACCCCGAUACGGACGAUAAAGGGGAACUGGAGAGGAUCCUGGUCCACCUGGAGGACGAAAACAGGGUUCUCCAGGGAGAGCUGAAGCGGCUAAAAUGGCAGCACGACGAGGCAGCCGCGUCGGCGGAAGGCACUCCGGAUUCAUCGCAGGACCCCCACAAUGAGGAACUGCUGGCCGAGGCCCGGAUCCUUCGGCAGCACAAGAGCCGCCUGGAAACACGGAUGCAGAUCUUGGAGGACCACAACAAGCAGCUGGAAUCUCAGCUGCAGCGUCUAAGAGAGCUGCUCCUGCAGCCACCAGCAGACUGCAAAGGAGAUGCAUCCACAGCCUCAUCUCCGGCUUCCUCCCCCCACCCGUCAGAGGAAAGUCAACCUGGGGGGAAAGAUCCCAGCACUCCAAACACAGAAACGGCAGAUGAGGCAGAAGUGAGCACUCAGGACGUCAGUCUGUGUCUGGAGGAUAUCAUGGAGAAGCUGCGCAACGCUUUCCCCAACUCUGGAGGGCACAGACCACACCCCUUGGCCUUCCUGAAGAAGUCUCUCAAGCUCUCCUAGAUGCUUUUAAAAUCUGAGAAGGGGCACCAGCUGGUCCCACCUCCCUUAUCUAACGUCUUCUGUCCACGAAAGGCUUUGUCUAACCGGUUCCUCGGCAGCUGCUGCUCUCCCUUCUUCUCAUAUCUGCCCCCACCACGGCCUGUGGUGGGCUUCACUCGGAUCCUUAAGGGGGCACCUUUGGCAGAAUGUCCUUGGAAUCCUUACAGGCUUCUUUGGCUCUCCGGAAGGUGCUCGGUGGUUCCCCCAGAGUGCUUUUUUGAAGGGUAGGCCAAAAUCACUCAAGGUUCGAUUGAGGUGACGGCAAUGGGUGUUGACUGGAGCCUGGCUUCAAGGAACUCUGAGAGUGAAAAACAAAGAGCUCACGGAGAUGCCUUCCUGUGCCCACUGACACAAAUAACAUUUUCUUCCUCAAGGUUUGGGAACUUCUCCCCAUGAUUUUUGGUUGCACCAAGAAGCUGCCAAUAGUGAAUUUUGCCCAAGUGAACGGCCUCGGGCCUCCACCAAAUGUCGGUUUCAGUGUCAUGGACUGAAAGUGUCCCACAGAGACUGAUUAACAACUAAGUUUCUUUUUAACACACACACACACACACACACACACACACACACACACACACACACACCUUUUUUAAAAAAGAAGAGAGAGAGAUAAUUUUCCAUAGGAUUGGGCAUGUUGUGAUGGAAUUUGCAAGUGACCUGUGUACCUACGGAGUUCUUUGGGACCUGGAGAAACCACCCAGAGGAAAUCCCAAGGGAAAGGAAAAAAGGCAGGCUUUCAAACGCACUGUUCCAAUGGCAAUAGCAGCCUUACGGGGGAGAAGCUUUAUAACAAAGAGCCUUAUUGUUUUAAUUUGCAUAUUUAUAUACAUAUACAUAUAUAAAUACAUAUUAUAUAUACUGUAUUUAAGUGCUGUCAUGGACUCCUUCAAUUAAAUUCUAAUUCCUUGUUAUGUGUUUAUCUCUGCUUCGCUGUUUUGGUCCGUUCCCAGUUCUGAUUUUGUGAUGAGAGCUGGCUUGUGUCUUUCCAUGUGGCAGAGAUGUUAAGGAGGCUAGAUUUUUGUUCUUUUGGAAGGAUCUCUUUCUGAGUGAGAAUGUGCCUCAUCUGACUGUGUCUGACCUCCCCUGCUCCCACAAGGUUUGCUUGCACGGUGUGGAUUGGGGUGCCUUGCCAUGGCACCAGGUCGUGUCUGAGAAAUUUGGGGGUGCCGAUAUGACUCCCUUGCCCUCCAGUGCCCAACUCCUGGCUAUACAGGAUGGCACGGAUCCUGUGCUAAUCAAGGGAAAUGCAACAGAUCUGGGCUUCUCAAGCACGGAUCCCCAGAUCUUCUUGGACUACAACUCCCAUCAUCUGCUUGGCCACUGUGACGGGAUGGUGGGAGUUGUAGUCCAACAACAUCUGGGUCCCACGUUUGAGAACCUCUGCAAUCAAGAAUUUUCAACUGCAGGAGCAUCAGAGCGAAUCAUUCUCUCAUGCUCUGGGCAGACAAACCUUUGGUGUGAACCUUUCGUUCUGAGUUGUGUAUCUGCCCUCAGCAGUACAAGGGAAGACCUCUCAGCACCUCAUGGUAGGAAAUAAACAGGCAUCGGAAACUGCAAGAAUGCAGGAGGCCCAAGAGAGUUUUUUAUCCUGGCAAGCAAAAUCUAUGCUGAUAAGUCGAUUCUCUACAUUCCUAUCUGCCAGGCCUUCGGCCAUGAUCCUUGCUGCGUGACUCUGGGCCAGUCCCUUCUCUCUCAGCCUAACCUACUUCACAGGGUUGUAGUGUGGAGAAACUUAACUAUGUAGUACACUGCCCCUUGGAGAAAGAGUGGGAUAUAAAAUAAAAUAAUAAUAAUAAUAAUAACAACAACAACAUGGAUUUAGUUUCCAUUAGGCCCAAAUCAGUGCAGCGCUAACUGUUGUAGAUCAAUCAGCGCAAGACUUUUGCUCUUGGUGGUGAAUUAGGAGAUACAGGUGGAAAUGUGGCGGGUUUUUAUCUAGCAAAGAGCAAAGCAUAGAAUGGGGUCAGCCACCUUAGUUCUUCAGCUGCUGUUGAACUAGAACUCCCAUCAGCCCCAGUCUUUGGCCAUUGUGGCUAGGGAUGAUGGGAGUUGUAGUAGUCAACAAGCGCUGGAGAGUCAAGGUUGCCUAUCCCUGGCAUAGAGUGGAGGCUAUUUCCAUGGUUUAAAAGCAAGGGCAAAAAAAAAAUCUUCUACAUCUUUAUUAGAUCAUUUUUUGUGAUUUGAUUUGAGGCUGAAUCGAAUCACCCAGAUUCGAUUUGAACUCGAAUCUGCAAACUCUAAUCUGAUCAAAUUCUAUUCGAGUUAGAUUAGGAUUCAAAUUGAUUAAACCCACUUCUAAAGUUACAGUGGGCACCAAAGUGGGGUGGUGAGUAAGUCCCCAUGGAUGCCACCUACGACCCAAAUUUCAAGGCGGUGGGCCACUCAGUUGAUGUUUUAUAUGAAUUUUUUAGUUUUUAGUGGUUUUGUAUAUUUCUGCCAUAGGGAAUAAUGGAGAUUCAAAGUAGCCCCCUAACCCUAGCCCAAAUUUCAUUUUUUUUAAGGCUAAGCUCUAGCCCUUGUAGAAGUGGAGUUAUGGAGCAAAAUGUCACUAUUUUUGCAGUGUUUAGACUCUUUGGUGUGUGAUGACUCUUCCUCAUAAUGAAUCCCUAUGAGGAUUCAUUACACACCAAAGAGUCUAAACAAUUCAAAAAUCCAUAAAAAAUGAACUGAGUACUUCACUGCCUUGUGUGUGUGGGGGGGUGGCACCCCAUGUGCCAACUACCUGCCCUCCCCAACCUGUAAGCCAGUCAGUGUUCUCUCUGAUUUUUUUCAUCUGUGUACAUCAUGAGUUUUGUUCUGGGCGGCAAUAUCAAGGCAGUGUGUGUUCAUGUGCAUUCAGAGUGGGGCCUUCCUGAUUCAAUCUGAGCAGGAUCUAAAACUAACUGAGCAGACAUCAAAAAACUUCUGUGCCCGCACACAUGUGCAUGCCUUCGAGGACACACUGAAGCCAAUGGGGUAUUCAGUUUAUGUUUUUAGGAUUUUAAAUCCUAAGUGUUUAGACUCUUCGGUGUGUAAUGAAUCCUCAUAGGGAUUCAUGAUGAGGAACAGUCACUACACACCAAAGAGUCUAAACACUUCAAAAAUAGUGACUGCAGAUUUUGCUCCAUAGCUCCACUUCUACAAGGGCUAGAGCUUAGCAAUGAAAGCUAGGAAUCAGGGGCAAUGAAUAAGGGAAACUCAAAUCAAAUCUGGGGAGAUUCAGUUCGAGCUCGAAUUUGGCCAGGGGUUACUGGGCAGAUUCGUUUCGAGGUCGAAUCACUCGAAUCAACUAGAUUCAGGUUGAAUCAAUUUGAUCUCAGAUCGAUUCGCACAUCCCUAAUUUUAUAGUUUGGGGCCAGAAACUGGGUAUUGCAAAAUGACACUGGCUCAAAUCCAAGUUGUGUGAGGAGGAUAAAAGCAACAUUCUCACCUGCACUCCUUCUAGGCGGUAGGACUAAGGCAUAAGCCCUCCUUCAUUUCAUCACAAUGACCAAGGUGGUGUCUGGCAAUGAACUGACCAGUUGUGAUAGGCAAGGCAGUUUCCUCCUUCCGUUUCUCGACUAGGGGCAGGGUCCUGACCGCGGGCAAGUUUGAGAGUUUCACAUUGUCAUGCUGACUUUCCAGAGUGGGAAACACUAGGAAAUACGUGUUCAGGAAACCUUGUUUCUCUGGUAGUUUCUGCCCCUCACCUCCAGUUAUGAGGAGAUCUUGGCCUGACCUCUUUUAGUAACUAGAAGGGCCUCCUGCUGAUUAUCUGUGGGCAGAGUAAAGCCAGCCCAUCCCUGAUGUACAGUCUUGAGCCCCUUGGAGGAAGGAUGGGAUAGAAAUGUGAGAAAGAAACGGAAGCUCACUCUUGCCAGCAAAUCUCAUGAGAGUGGGCGUUCUCUUUGGGGUGCCCACAUGACAAACUCCAUGGGGAAAGUGUGUGUGUGGGGGGGGAAUGACUGAUGACCAUUGGAGUGGGGGUUAUGGGAGGGGGUUCUCAACCUUGAGUCCCCAACUGGUGGACUACAGCUCCCAUAAUCCCUGCCGUGUUGUUGCAGGCAACGAUGGGCAUUGUAAGCCAAAAUCUGGGGAGCCCAGAUUGAGAACCCUUUAGAGCAUGAAGCAAAUGUUUGUGGCUGUGGAUUACAGGUUCCUGCCUUGGGCUCCCAGUCCUGGAUCAGGCUGUGAUCGGAGGUUGUGAUUUGUAAGGUAUGCCGUGCUGCACACUUGGGGGGAAGGCGGAUUGAAGAAGGCAGCUUGUCGGAGGCUCAGGAGCAUAUUGUUGAAUUCAGUAUUGUAUCUUGCAUUUGUUUACCCCAAUGGAAGAUGACUCUGAAAUAGAGGUUAAAUGCAGGUUAUGUCUGUAUUUACCUGGAAAGAGGAGGACCCUGCAUUGAAGAUGACCUCCCAAUUGCUAAAAUCAAAGACCUUUGGGAGGGAAACUAGUUUUAGAUUCAGGUCAAUAUGCUACAAAGGUAAGCAGUCUAAGACCCGUCUAUGGUGUAGUCAUGCAGCACUGUAAAACAAAAGGCAAUUCUAUUUGUUUUGGAAAUUGAAGUUACGUCAUCCUGGGUUUCUCCCAGUUCAUGGCUGGUGUUGCCAUGGAUUGUGGUUGGCUUGCUGGUUCUCUGUCGUAGCACUAUGGAGUGUCAGGAAUAUUCCGUGUCUUGGAAAUACUGUAGGUUGCAAAGGUUGUUUUAGCAUGUUGUCGUGGGUUGUGUUGUUAGAGCGCUGCAGCCUGUGUUUGUCUAAUGAGCAUUUUGUAGAGUCUAAGUGGGGUGGGGGGGAUGUGUUGGCUCAUUUGUGUCACAGUAGCUGUAGAAGGAUAAGGAUUUUUUUUUAAGCCAUCUGGAUGGCAGGCACUAACCUUAUCCUGUGUGAGGUGUUGAGUAGAAAGUAAUGGUGGAUCAUUCUUCUGUACCAAGAAUGUUCUUUAGAAAAUACACGUCAGUUCUCUGGCAGGAGAAGGCCCUAAUUGACAUCUGAGCUUUUAAAAAAAACAAAACCUGUGGAACUCCCCAUUGUGGUGGUUGUAUUUUCUUUAAACCCCAAGUUUUCUUAGCCUUGGAACAGGAUGAAAUUCCAGGUGGGAAGGUGCAUCAUGCACAGCGGACCUUGCAACAGGUCACUGCAUGAACGAGCCGGCAAAAGAGCUUGGGAUGAGUGUUCUCAAAUUGGGCCCCCAGAUGUCGUUGAACUACAACUCCCAAGGCCAUUGUGGCAGGGGAUGGUGGGAGCUGUAGUGCAACAACAUCUGGGGGCCCAAUUUUGAGAAUCUCGGGAUAGACAAAAUAUAUAUGAGAGGAGAAAAAGUUCAGUUAUGCUUCUGCUUUGUCCUUCUGGAAUGACGUGCAAAGAGGUGGACGUUUUACCUUUUUAGUACUUUAACAGAACAGAGAAUUUGGGCAGGGGUGCAAAAACCAGCAUCUGCUGAAUUCCCACUUCGAUACCAUUGUUAAAGGUACAGGACUUCUCUUUUGUAUCUGGCCACCUGUUAUCUCCUUUGUCAAUUUUAAAUCUCUCUGAACUCCCAAAUAAGCCCUUGGAACCUAGUUCUGUGAGAGCAAUAAGAAUGUGCUGUUGCUUAGCCUGCUUUAGAACUACAUUUCUCAAAGUUCCAUGUGAGUAGACGGUGUGGCUUCCUGUGGUCCCUCUUCUCCAUGGUCAAAGACCUUGGGGACCCUUUUUAACAGUUGUAUAGAAUUGUAUUAUUAACACUGAUGAGUCGGUCUCUCUGGUGAAAGUUACUUGCAAUGCAACAGGAAACCAACUUUACCAUAAAAAGCAACAAGUCAAAUCUUAAGUCUUGCUCCCGCAACUAAAAACGAUGAAACUACAAUCAGGUGUUGAACUCAACAUUUGUGUCACUUUUAAAAUCUACAUUUAUUUUAUUUCCAGCUGUGUGAAUAAUGGGGGAGGGCAUUGUAGUACAGUUUUCUCUCUCAAGAAAAAGGACUAGUGUCUCCCUCGGUCAUACAGCGGCAUUCGGCUCCUUGUAGCGGAUUCUCUUGUGCUUCGGUCAUCCAGCUUGAGCCGUCACAUCCUCUUGCCUCACGCUGCGGGACCUGUCACUCAGAAACAGCCAUUGGCAAUAAAGGCUGAAAUGGACCAGGCCAAAAUCUGUGUCUUCCCUGGCUUGUUUGUCCACCUGAAGUGAUUGUGCGGGACAUGAAUGAAGCAAAGGUGGUUUUGUUCCAAGACCAGAAGGAGAACUAAUUAUAACCAGUUACUGUGUGCUGUCCUCACUUGAGUCUUUUCCAAUUCUGCUCUGGAAAAAAUAAAUUUGUAUUUAUAUUGUU